AUGGAUUUUGUCCAGAUGCUGCAGGUUUUCUCAGAAGUCUUCCUCUGUGUCCUCUGCCUCCUGGCGGCGCUGCUGCCCCCGGCCUCCUCCUGCCCUCCUCCCUGUCUCUGCUCCUCAGACGGCCUGGUGGUGGACUGCGGGGGCCGAGGUCUCUCCUCCCUGCCUCCUCUGCACCUCCUGCCUCCGGGGAGCCGCUCCCUCCUGCUAGCCAACAACAAGCUUGCUUCGCUGGGAGCCUCUGCCUUCGCUAACCUCUCCUCUCUGGAGGAGCUGGACCUCUCUAAUAACUACCUGGAUAAUUUACCGGCUGGAUUAUUCAGAGACAUGUCCAACCUGACAAGACUGACCCUGCACAACAACUCGCUAACAGUAAUGGACAGAGAGCUCUUCCAGGGUUUGGGGGGUCUCCAGAGUCUGGAUCUAUCCCUGAAUGGUCUGUCUUCUGUUCCUCUGGGGGUACUGGAUGAGCUGCAGAGCCUCAGGUGGCUGUCUCUAGCGGGUAACAGGCUGCAUGGUUUGGAGAGGGCAGCGUUUGAGCCCCUUGCCAACCUACAACACCUGGAACUGGGACACAACCCCUGGGAAUGUGACUGCAACCUCCGCGAUUUCAAACACUGGAUGGAGUGGCUACUUUACAGAGGGGGGAAGGUGGAUGCGGUGGAGUGCACGCUACCGAAGGAUCUGCGUGGGCGAGACAUCCGUGGCGUGCCGGUGGAAAUGUUCAACUACUGCCUCCAACUUGAAGAUGAGAACGGAGGAGGAGGAGGUGAUGGUUCCCGGUCCGGACAAGGAGGCGGCCCUCCCUGUAGCAGGAGUGCUCUUAACCCCAGUGGGGCAACACCAAUGUCUGACAACAGCGGCAACAAUGGUGAUGACUCUUCUUCAAACACUGGAGGUGGGGGUGGAGGAGGAGGUGGAGAGGCCUCGUCGGAUUGUGUCCGUGCCCGUUACCGACCCGUGAGUGUGCGCCGCGCCAUCGGCACAGUGGUGAUUGCCGGCGUGGUGUGCGGCAUCGUUUGCAUCAUGAUGGUUGCCGCCGCCGCGUACGGUUGUAUCUAUGCCUCGCUGAUGGCUAAAUACCAGAGAGAGCUGAAGAAGAGGCAGCCGCUGAUGGGAGACGGGGAGGCAGACGGGGAGGAUAGGGAGGAGAAACAGAUCUCCUCUGUGGCCUAGAGGAGUGAUGGGACGGGGGGAGGUUUUGGCAUGUCAAAGGGUGAAGGUUGGAAGGAGCGAAAAUUAAAAGGGCUCAAAGAGGAGAGAGAUAAAAGAGCUUGUUUUAUGCACACAGACAGUUAUUGUAUCUCUCCCUCUGACUCUCAAACUGACACCUUUCCUUUCUCCCACUUUUUGUCUUCCUUUCUUUGUCCUCUUUCUAUUUUUAACCUCUCUGUCCUUCUCUCUAACUCACUCUUUCACACACACACAUACCUUAUCAGUUCCCUUAUUUUCCCUUCCAUUUGGAGCCAUUCUCACUGCAGUAUUUGUUAUCAAUCAUCCCUCCAACUCGCCUACCAACCACCUACUGCUGCAGUUGGCUGCUUCUGAAUUUACCAUCAUAUCAGCUGAGAGAAAAAUGGCUCACUCUAGUAUGAAACAUAUCAUUUAAGCUGUAAUAAGACACUUAUAGAGUAUGGAAUGCUGACUUUUCAGGGAUUUACAGUAUAUAUGGUGUCGACUGGACCAAUAUUCACAAUAAUGAGGAUCAUUUGUGGUAUUAGGCAGUGCCCAGCCCUUAAUUUGUUUGCAUCUUUCUCCUCCUCAACCUCUCUGAAGCCAGUAGUUCCUCCAAAAUCCAAGAUCCUUCACCCUCGUCUGGCCUAAUGCUCCUCUGACGUUCUCCUUGGACCUCCAAGUCUCCAAGAAAGGUUUCCCCCCAGUGUUGGGAAGCUUGGGGGAAACGAGGGAAACUUUACAGAUAAACACAAAGAGAUGUCAUUUAUAUAGUCAACACCUCUCUACCGCUUUGUCACAGAAAGAAUACUGGUGAUACAGAUUAUGUGUUAAUGGGAAAUCAAACACUUAAAGAGUCUCCUGAGUCUCCUGUCCCCCUGGACUUGCUAGGGAUGUUAAACAUAGAACAGGAAACCAUUCGGACUGAGAAAAUGAUCGCUGAAAUGUCAGAUUGAAAUGAGGUCAGGAGCGACAGUGAGAUACUCCCCCCUACUUGGACCAGAGCUCAGCUUUACUCUUGAUCUUCUUGGGACAUGAGAUUCGACAAAGGAUUUUUGGGGAACAAACCAUUUCAAAUGGAAUUUGAAUUUGCUGUAUUUGUCACUUUUCCUCAGACAAAAAAAAGGCUCUUGCUUACUUGAUGCUUGUUAAAUGAUUAUCAUCAGUAUCUGGACAGAUCAAAAGCCUGUUAUGAUGGCGAAAAAGUGGUCACACAAAUAUUCACACUGGUUUUAAUGACGUUAUUGUGAUUUAAAGAACCACAAACUUUGCUUUAAGGUGAAUAUUAUUUGCUCGGAGCUCAUUUUCAGACUGAUUUCACCCUCAGAGGUGAAUGUUUGUUACUACGGCACGUGAAAACUAUCUCAGAGAACACUGUCUCCUGACAAGGACUACAAAAAAAAUCAUCUAAGGACUAUAAAACUUCAGACUCCUGCACUUUAUUUCCCUAAUCAGUUCCCCUCUGGCCUUCUUCUCCCAGCUCCCUUCGUUCUCUUUCUUUCUAAAAUGGACGAUUUGCCCAGAAGGAUUAUAACGAACAAGGGAUUAAACUAAAAGACGCUGCUAUUUUUCCCCCCUCCUCCUUCUACUCCUCCUCCUCUUUCUCAUCCCUUUAUCUCUCCAUUCAUCUUUCCAUCCAGUGCUAUUUAUGGAAAGUUCUUUACACUUUCUCAAAGACUUGCACCUCCUCUUUUCUUUCCCUUCUCCCAUAUUUUUGUCCUUUGUGUUUUUCCUGAAAGGUCUGCAAUAUGCAAUGGAAGUUGUGUCACCAUAAAAUGAAAACACCACUGCCAAAGAGUCCUUCUGUUAUCAGCCUAGCAGCCACUUUUUUUGAUUAGCACUCCUUCUUGGUGAAAAUGUGUUUGCUUUACAAAGUGUUUUCAUAAAUAUCCUUAUUUAUGCCUUUGAAAUAUUUAUGUGAACUUUCAUGAUUCUGGCUUUCAUUGCAUAUUGCUCCCCUACAGUAGAACUAUUGUUCCCUCUCAAUUAUUAAUUGGCUGGACAUAAACCUAUAUUAAUAGUGUGUUACCUUAUACCUGGGUAUGAUGCAGAUAAAUAUUAUUAUAUUAGUCUCUAAUAUGGUGUGCUGGCCCAGCGAUCCCCAAAAUGUUUUUUGGCGUAACUGUUUAUGGUUUCCUGUAUGAAUUCAUGAUGUAUGUCUUUUGUUGUUUAUGACUUCUAUGUUUCGUUUUGUUUUAGGUUUAGGUAUCUCUGUAAUAUUUGUUCAUUAGUCUUGUUCAUUUACAUGUGUUCAGUAGUCAGUAAAGUCUCUGCAAGAGGCAUAGAAAGAGUUUAGCCUGAGUGUGAAGAGGACCCCAUGCUGUUGCCUUGUCUCUGAAAUUCAUCAGGGUGACAUUGUUUAGCAAAGAGUCACACAAGUGACAGGAAACCUAAUUGUUUUAAUAUGAUUUUAUUUUCAAAUGAAGCUGCAGGGUCAACUUCAUCUCCUGCAAAUGCUUUUCGUGAUGCAGCUCAUUUGAAAUAACAAGCAGCAUUAGCAUAAUUCUGCGUGUGUUGCAAUGGUCAAGAUAUCAGAAUAUUUGCAUCUAUAAGAUGUUUGAUUUCCACACUUUUGAAUCGGUCAUUAUCUCUGCAAUAUCCACACAUGAUGGUUAAAGAACUAAACCAAGUGGAAAAGGCAUAGGGAAAUGAUUAAAUAAAAUGAAAAAUGUCAAUCCUAAUUUGUUGCAUGAGAUGACGUGAAAUCAGAGAAAGCACAGAAAUGCAUUGAAGGCACACACUUAACCACCACCCUAACAUCUACUGUACGCUCUUACUUUUUGCUGAAUUAAUGAACAUCACAUCACUUUUAUGCAUAAACAGUAAUAACCCAGAAUAGUUACAUACAAACUAGAACUGCAACAAAUAGUCAAUUAAUCGAUAAGUCCAUUCAGAGGAAAUUAAUCGGCAAAUUUCAGCUUCUCAAAUGUGAUGAUUUCAUGCUUUUCUUUGUCAUAUAUUAGAGUAAACUGAAUAUC